GUUGCAGCAGAACACCCCCCUUCGUCUUAUCCCCUUCAUCGUUUCUCUGUUUUUUAAGAAAAUCUCACACAUCAUCCAUUUCACUCUCAUUCUUUCCCCUUUUUCCGAACUGUAGUUGUUGUUGCGGCCAGUUGCAUGCAUUUUUCGUCUCCCAAAAUGGUUUGCGAGACUAAAAUUGUUGCGGAUGAACACGAUGCUAUACCUGGGACCAAAAAAGAGUCGAUCAUGUGGAGCUCACCUCCGUCCAGCGCGGCUCUGAACCCCUCCGAGGCAACGGAUGUGAGAAAAGAUGCGGUUUUUAUCCGCGAGUUCGAGUGCGGGGAUCAAGAGGAGGUGCGGCGCAUCUUUUAUGAGGGCAUUAUGGAGAGGAUACCCAAUACGGCGUUUAGGGGGCUCAGGCAGCAGCCCAAGACUCAGUUUUUAUAUGCUCUUCUGACAGUAAUGUGCUAUUUCGUGACCAAUUCCGUCACGCUGACCUGCUGUGCGCCCCUCAUUCUCAUGGGUGCGCGCUACUACUACAGCAGGAAAGUUAUCCACGGUUAUCUGGACUGUGCUCUGCACACGGACAUGGCUGACAUAGAGGCUUAUUACAUGAAACCCACAGGCUCCUGUUUCUGGGUGGCAGUGCUCGACGGACGUGUGGUGGGGAUCGUGGCGGCGAAAGGCCGCGAGGAUGACAACCGGGUGGAGCUGCGGCGCAUGUCGGUGGACUCUCGUUACCGCGGCAAAGGCAUCGCAAAGGCACUAGGUCGUCGUGUUCUGGAGUUCGCCGUGCGCAACAACUAUGCUGCUGUGGUCCUGGGCACGACGGCUGUCAAGUUGGCUGCUCACAAGCUGUACGAGUCGCUGGGCUUCCGCCGAACGGGCCAGAGCGAGGACUACAGGCUCCCCGGGAUGAACCGCUCACCACUGGAGAGGCUCUUCUUCCAGAUCCGCUAUAGCCGCUACCGCCUGCAGCUCCGUGAGGAGUGAGAGGUGACAGGGAGAGGGAGAGAGAGAUGGAGAGGGGGAGAUGGAGAUGGAGAAAGAGAGGGACAGAGAGAGAGAGAGAGAGAGAGAGAGAGCAACGACCCUCCUUCA